UAAAGCUCUGAAAUAGAAUUCAGUAAAGUACGGUGGGGAGAAAAAUAGGACACCUUUUCGUUGUAUUUUCUCGUUACCAUUUGGUAGUAGACAAAGAACAUUCAAAAAAUUUAAAUGAUAAAACCAUAUUCUUACUGUCUUACGUAUCCCAUUAAACCGUUGGUAUUCGUUUAAAACACGAUCAGGGUAUUUGGAUAUAAUGUGCUAACGGUGUCCCAUCUCCCCCCAAUUUACUAUACCUAUCUGUAUUGCUAAUUACAUUUUUAAGAUGGCAGUUGAAAUAAGUUUAGAAUCGUGCGCGAUUGCUUCCACUGUUAUCGUAACUUUAUUAAAACUGUUACUGGUUCCUGCAUACACGUCAACGGAUUUUGAAGUCCAUCGCAAUUGGCUGGCAAUUACGUAUAGCCUACCAUAUAAAGAGUGGUAUUUUGAGAAUACUUCAGAAUGGACAUUGGACUACCCCCCAUUUUUUGCAUGGUUUGAAUGGACGCUUUCUCAAAUUGCAGUUUUCAUUGAUCCAAAAAUGGUGACUAUUUCAAAAGAGAGCUACAAAAGCAUUGGAACGGUUUGGUUCCAAAGAUGCAGUGUAAUAGCUACUGAUGCUAUUUUUAUUUAUGCUUGUUAUCGUUGUGCAACUAUUUUGCAAAAAUUAGAUAAACGUUUGCCAGCGCAUUUAUCUAGCCCACAAAAAGCUGGUGUUUUUAUUAUAAUAUCUGUUUUUAACUGUGGCUUAAUUAUAGUAGAUCAUAUUCAUUUCCAAUACAAUGGCAUGCUAUUUGGAUUCCUGUUUCUUUCCUUUGCCUACCUAAUGGAUGAAAAUUAUCCACUUUCUGCAAUGUGGUUUGCCAUUCUGCUGAACUUCAAGCAUAUUUUUCUUUACAUAGCCCCAGUUUAUGGUGUGUUCUUUCUCAGGAACUACUGUACUAACAAACUCGAAAAUGGGUUUUUAGCAUUUCUGACAAUAAAGUCCCCAAACCUCGUUACCCUGGCUUCAAUAUUAGUUGUGAUAUUUUCAAUGUCGAUUAAUCCUUUUUAUAAUCAAAUACAACAGGUUAUUUCUCGUUUAUUCCCGUUUAAACGUGGUUUAACUCAUGCAUAUUGGGCGCCCAACUUCUGGGCCUUGUACAAUGCUGCCGACAUUGCUUUACAAUUUGUGGGUAAAAAGCUUCACAUUCUAUCACCCAAUAUAACAAGUUCUGCCACCAGUGGUUUAGUGCAAGAAAUAGAACAUGCAGUUCUACCCCAUGUUUCCCCACUUGAAACAUUCCUGUUUACUUUGUUGGCAAUCUACCGAAACCUGUUAAACAUAUGGUCUCAGCCUUAUUUUACAAAAACCGCGUCAUUUAACCAAUUCCUAAGAAGCAUUGUACUCUGUUCUUUAACCUCAUUCAUAUUUGGGUGGCAUGUCCAUGAAAAAGCGAUCCUUAUGUCAAUUUUACCCGCCACAUUAUUAUCAUUACAUGGUACACGGCAAGACGCCAAAGUUUUUCUUCUUUUACAAACAGUUGGCCAUUACUCUUUAUUUCCCUUAAUAUUUACACCAUUUGAAACCAUGAUCAAAAUUUGCCUGCUUUUAUUAUACUGUGUGUAUACAUACUCUGCAUUUUCUAAUGUAUUUUCUGAUAUCCCAAAAUCAUAUUUUCGCUUACCUAUGCUGAACCACUUUGAAACUUUAUAUGUUUAUGGUCUUGCAGUGAAUGAAAUGUAUUGUUUGUUGAUACAUCCAUUUCUUACCAGUCAAUUCACAUUCUUACCAUUAAUGUUAACUUCCACAUACUGUUCAAUUGGGAUCUUAUAUUGUUGGUUUUUGCUUUACCAACAUGCUAUUAGUAUCUCUUAUUUACCAUAUUUAAAAAAAAACAAUUAGAAAUCAUAUUUACUUUUAAUGGGAACAAGUUUAAAUUUAUUAUGUAAGCCUGUAACUUGUGGUGCCAGCAUGUAUUUUUUACUAACUUUAUUAAACAGACUAACAGUUUAUGUAUGCCUAUAUGACUUGUAAAGUAAAUUGUCAAUCUAGAAAACAUAACAUUUUUCAGA